AUGGCCUUGCAGCAGCAACAGCAGGGAGCCCAACAGCAGCCGCUGUUGACAAUGGGGCUGCAGCAGGGACAGCAGCAACAGCAACAGCAACAGCAGCCUCAAGCCGCCGCCGCAGCAGCCGCACCUCCCCCACAGGCUGCUGCAGCUCAGCAGCCUCGCCUGCAGUUUCCGCAGAACCAACUACCUGCCAACUUGCACGUACAGCAGCAACUGCUGCGGAUGCAGCAGCAACAGCAGGGCAUCACGGCGAAACUUCAGGGGACGUCUGGUGCUUCGGGCGUCCAGCAGAGGCUUUUGCACUUGGAACAACAGGAACAGUUCCUGCAGCAGCAGCAGCAGCAGCAGGAACCUGAAAAGGUUCACUGGGUCCAGUGCGACCGCUGCGACAAGUGGCGCGUCGCUCCCUACGAAAUAACAUUGCCCAGCUGGGUGUGUGAGCAAAACACUUGGGACCGGCGCUACGCUUCCUGCAGUGUACCGGAGCAGCCAGACCCGGCUGCACAGAUGCAGCAGCAGCAGCAACCCACUCGCAAUCAGCAGCAAGUGCUUCAGCAGCAGCAACUGCAACAGCAACAGCUGUUGCAGCAGCAGCGCGGUGCUGGUGGUGCUGCAGCGAGACCAAAGGCGAAGGCGAAGGCGAAGUCGAAGGCUACGUCCAAGGGAACGGCGGCGGCGCAGCGGACAGUUCAGAGUGGCAACGGAGCAGGAGAUGCAGGCUCGGCAGCAGCUUCAGGAGGAACGCCUGUUCUUGCUCCAGGGCUCAUACCUCCUGCGGAUGCUGCUGCGUCUGCUGCUGCGCUUGUGCGACAGAACCUCUUGCAACAACAGCUGGGACAGCAACAGCAGAGGGGUGGUCCAGCUGCCGCAAAUAAUCUUCCGGCGCUACAGCAACAGUUGUUGCAGCAGCAACUUCAGCACCAGAUGCAGCAAGCGCAGCAACAGCAGCUUUUGCAGCAGCUACAGCAACAACAACACCAGCUGCUGCAGCAGCUGCAGCAGCAACCGCCAGUCGUGUAUGACAAUUGGGUGCAAUGCGACGCCUGUAACAAGUGGAGAAGAGCCCCGAAUCCAAUCACAAGCGAGAAGUGGUUCUGCCGAAUGAAUACCUGGGCCCCACAGUUCGCUUCUUGUGAAGCUCCUGAGGAGCCCGAUCCUGCGCAGCAGGAGCAACAGCAGCAGCAGAGUCAGCAGCGGCUUCUCGAGGCAGCAGCAGCCCUCCAGAGGCAGCAGCAGCAGCUCCAGCAAAGCGCUGCAAAAAGACAGCGAACUGCAAACGUUUCUAGGGCUGCAGAAGCGACGAAACCAGACACAAAGGCGGACCCUCCGGCGCAGCUCCUUCGACAGCAGCAGCUCGCUGCUGCUGCUGCUGCGUCUGGCCAACGCAGUGCCACGCCCGCUGCGCAGCAGCAGCUACAACUGCAGCAGCAACUGCAGCAGGCGAAGCUCCCACAAGGCCAACAGCAGCAGCAUCCUGCAGCGUCGGCUUCCACUGGAGCUGGAGGGCAGCUGCAACAACUACAAUUGCUACAGCAGCAGCAGCUGCAAUUACUUCAGCAGCAACAGGUUCGGCUGCUCGACGCUGCGCGCAGAGCGACACCCAAUGCGGCAGCGAACGCUCCGGGGGCUGCAGUAGCGGCGGCUCCCGCGGCUGGUGGAGCUGCUGCAGGCACUGCAGAGCGUCGUGAAGGAGUUCCAGAGACAGCUGCAGCAUCAGCAACAGAGCGUGGUGGGAAGUGGCUUGAGUGUCGUUCAUGUAAGAAGUGGCGCCGAUUACCCGCUGACGUGGAUGCCGAGGCUCUUCGCCCCAAAUUCUUUUGUUAUUUGAACAUGUGGGACCCGCAGCACAACGCGUGCGCAUCACCGCAGGAGCCGUGGCAGCAACUACAGCAGCAUCAGGAGGUACAGGGGAAGGCUUCGCCAGCAGCAAAUGCUGCUUCGGCGGCUCCGCUGCAGAAGGCUCCCCACCAGCCUGCAGCGCCAGAUGCCAGCCGUCAGGACAAGACGGACAACGUAGCAGCAACGCCGGCGCAGCAACAGCAGAUCCCCAGAUCAGGGGGGCAGCUGCAGGGAGAUACUGGAGGGGCUGCUUCUCUUCAUCAGCAGCUACAAGAGCAACAGUUGCUGCUUCUCCGUAUGCAGCAGCAGCAGCAGCAGCAACGUGCUGCUGCCUCCUCCUCCGGUGUGGCGGGGGGGAGUACGACGAAACCCGGGUCGGGAGCUUCCGGAGCAGCAGCUGGGACAGAAGACGAUGACGAAGAGGGGGAAGACGAUAUCGAGGGAGAAGGCGAUGAAGAUGAAGAUAGCGAAGAUACUGGCGACUCCUCCGACUCUGAAUCCGACAGAGGCGCCGGAGGAGGCCCAGGCGGUGGCGCGGGCGCCGGAGGUCCCUCCGCCGGAGGCUCCAGCGGGACAAGUGCGGGGGCCGGGGGCGGGGCAAGCCGCACCGCGCAACCUCCCACGCAGGGGCCACCAGGAACAGGCAAUUUCGGUGCGGCUGCUGCGGGGGGUGGGGGAGUUGCGGCGAAGGCCGAAUUGGGGGCAACUGAAACUGAUAAUGACUCCAGCAAUAAUUGCAACAAGGGCACUGCGAGUGGACAUCCUGUCCGUUUCUUCGAUGUGCUUAUUGUUGGCGGUGGCGUUGCUGGUCUGGCGGGAGCUCUCCAUUGCCAGAGAGCAGGAGUGGAUUAUCAGGUGAUAGAGGCAAGAGGUCGUUUGGGGGGACGCGUGUGGUCGGUGACGCUCCCAGCAUCGCCGGAGGAGCAGCAGCAGCGGCAGCAGAAGGGGGUUGGCAGGAAGGCAUGUGGUAGAAAGGGAAGGUCAGGGAGGGAUGGCAGCGUCUGCAUUGAUGGAGGGGCCAAUUACAUGCAUGGGCUGACGGGGAACGAGAAUGAUGUCAGGCUGAAGCCUCGUAGAAAGGGUUGUAGCGUCUAUCACCUCGCUGCUGCUUCUCCAGAGUGCCGCGUUGCUGUAGUUCCUGGGGAAACUGGAUGGGAAAAUCCUUACUACUUCGAUUGGCUAAGAGGAGGGCGGCGUUUCUGCAUGCUGGUUGUGUCGCUUGCUCAUGCUCUUUUUUCGCGCCUCGCCACUCCCGUGUCGUUGACUGCUGGGCAGCAAGGAACAGGGACAUCCGUUUCUGUUCUUACGCUGCUCAAUAGGGAGGCGGCUGCGCUUCUGGAGGCUGAAGGAACAGCGGAUGCAGCGACAGUUUCUGCUUCACGAGGGCUCCUGCCUGCAUGCGAAAUACAUCAUUCAGGGUCCGGGAAUGCAGACACCCCACCUCACCAGAAUACUUUCGAGUCAUUAGAUUUGCCAUCAGCGUUGAGGGGGCUGGUGGAAACGCUGCUACAAAGGCUGAAGAAUUUAUGUUCCUUGGCCAUUUCAGGGGUUGACAAGAGCAGCAACAGUCCCAGUGGAAGUGAAAUUGCUGUAGGCGAGUGCUGUGCUUGCCAUGUGGAGGCGAUGGUCGUCCGGAUGCUACGGAGCCGGUUCGGCUUCGUAGCUCCUUUAGGGGACGUUAGCGCCGCCUUUUUUGCCUUCUUUCAGACUCCCAAGCUGAAGCGCGACGUGGAGAGAUAUCACGACCCGAAGUAUCGGCUCCUUGCUUGGCCUGGGUUGCAGCGCUAUGCCAAGAAUUUGUCAUUCGCAUUUGCGGAGAGAGACCGGAAGAAGUCGCAGGUUGUUAGGCCGUUUGCAGCUAUACCUCCUUCCGUAUCUUCCGACCUCAUCUGCAUGAGCUGGAGGUGGCUUGUGGACAUGCUUCGUGGCCAGCUGUCACCAGAUCGACUCCGUCUCAACACUCGCGUCUCCUGUGUCUCUGUUUCGGAAGAAGACUCUGCAUUCCCUUGUCUUGUCCGAUGCCACUCUGACGAGAACUCUAAUGAAGCGCAAGAGCUCCGUUCACGGUUUGUCCUCGUAGCGCUGCCCGUAUCUCUGCUACAACAGCCUCCAGAGGAAGAUGAGGGGGCGGCUGCUUGCGUGACGUUUCAGCCACCUCUCCCAGCCGAGAAGGUGGCGGCUCUCGCGGCUGUCGGCAUGGGCGUGCACAACAAGGUGGUGCUGCGGGUUGCGCCAUCCGACGUCUUCUGGUCGCAUUCGAUUCCUUCUUUUUCUUCCCCUUAUUCGCGCUUCCAGUAUUUGAACCUACAUGCAUACGGGAAGAAGGGGUGUAUUCUAGCCCAUCUGUUCCCUCCUGCAUCCCUUGCUAUUGACUCCCUGACUGACGAAGAGGUGGCUCAAGAGGUGCUUGAUGACCUGCGAAAACUGUUUGGUUACGUCCCUCGCCCAGCCCUUGUAGCUUCUGUUGUCACCCGUUGGCAUUCCGACAAGUACUCCAGGGGGUCUUACUCAUACCCAAAACCUGGUGCCGACAUGGCAACGCACUGGCGCUGGCUGAGGGCUCCACAUCCUUUAGAAGCUCCCCGGGUAGCGUUCGCUGGAGAAUUUUGUUCGGAUUCUUACAGCCAGUGUGUUGAUGGAGCGUUCGACACUGGCAUGCGCGCAGCGCAAUCCGUUGUACAGUUUGGUCUGCGGCUCCAUCCCUGCACAAAAGACAGACGGGAACGGGAGCCGGAGAAGCGAGAUGACACUGCCGUGGAAGCAGAACGGCUUCAGCAGCAGCAUCGUAACCGACGGCAAAACCGUGCAUGCCGAGAGGUUAAAACAGGGAGCAAGCAGCAGCGCACGCCAAAAAGAUAUAGAAGGGAGACUCUCGAUUCAGCUGAAGCGAAGGCAAGAAUUGCAAUUGCUCGCGCAGAACUCGAACAAACAAAGACGAAAUAUUGCGGGGAUGACUGCUGCCCAAUGCAGGAGUGCCCGGACAGCUCCCAUGCUGGAUUUUACUUAACAGAUGGAAGUGACAUGACUGAUUGUGAUGAAGCCGUUACAGAGUGUGGGGCGCAUGAGGAGCUGGGAAAGGCUUACGGAAAGAACACGCGGAUGAUGCUUGAGAAGUUCCAGGCCCUUCUGCGUUUCAAUCACAAGCAGCUAAAGUGUUCUCAGUCGAGAUGUUCUCCAGCGGAAGCUGGCCCAGCUGGUUUUGCACGGCCUGCCCGUGCAAGGGCGUAA